AUGACAUUUCACAGAAAUUUUGACUAUGAUAUUCUAACGCAUAGUCAGGAAAUUGAAGAAAGCACUAGGAAAUCCAACAGAAGGGUACGCCUAAAACACUUUUUUAGAAAUCAACCAGCAUCUGAACCACAACCAUUCCGUAAGGCGUCCGGAUGGACACCACCGUCCGGCAUAGACAGCCAUCUAGAUACCUUCCUAAACAUUAUAACAGAAACGAUUAAAACUGAGGUCGCACCAAGAAAAGUUAAGAAUAAUUUAACCAAACAAGAAAGAUUAGCACUAGAAAGUCUUAUGAACAAUGUUGAAAUAAUCAUUAAACCCGCUGACAAAGGGGGUGCAGUUGUCGUGAUGGACAAAACAGAUUAUAUAAAUGAAGCCCAUAGACAAUUAUACAACCCGGCUAACUAUAGGAGAUUAAAGAAAGAUCAGAAUCCCGAAAUAGUGAAGAAAGUGAACCAGUUCCUCAAAUUUGUCAGGGAACGCAACCUAUUAGACCCAGAAAUCACCCAAUAUCUCACCCCGAAAAAUCCGAGGACUCCUAUCUUCUAUCUCUUACCAAAAAUACAUAAACCAGGUAACCCGGGAAGACCGAUUAUAUCACAAGAAGGAAGUUGUACAGAAAAAUUAUCAGCCUUUGUAGACCAUCAUUUAAAACAACUGGCUACACAGACCACCUCAUAUAUAAAAGACACAACAGAUUUUUUGAGGAAAAUCAAAGAACUAGGUCCCAUCCCACCAGGAAGCCUACUGUGUACAGCUGAUGUGUCAUCACUGUAUACAUCCAUUCCCCAUCAGGAUGGAAUACGGGCAGCGAAGAUCGCUUUGGAUAACAGAACCAACCCCACACCCAGUACUUGGAUCAUUUUGCGAAUGAUAGCAAUCAUAUUAACAAACAAUUGCUUCAGAUUUGACCGGGAAUUUUUCCUACAAAUCCAAGGCACAGCAAUGGGAACAAAAAUGGCUCCCAACUAUGCCAUUAUAUUUAUGGACCAUCUGGAACAAAGAUUCCUAUCAACACUAAUGAGAGCACCAAUCGUCUGGUGGCGAUAUAUUGAUGACAUAUUUUUCAUAUGGCCCCACACCCGAGAGGAACUGACCUCCUUCUUAGAGGCCCUAAACGCAUAUCACCCAACUAUAAAGUUCACGUCGGAAAUUAGCGACACAUCAGUGGACUUCCUAGACACAACCAUCUACUCCACAGAAGAUGGGACAUUAAGCAGCAAGAUACACAAUAAACCGACCAAUGCCUUCCAAUAUCUUCACUACAAAAGUUGCCACCCGAAACACCAAAGAGACAAUAUACCGUAUGCACAGGCCUUGCGCGUACGGAAAAUAUGCGACAAUGAUAUAGAUUUCAAGAAUGAAUGCAUAAAGCUGAAAGAUAGAUUUGUCAGGAGAGACUAUCCGGAACAACUUAUUGACAACGCCAUAGCCAGGGUGAGCCAGGUUAAUAGGGAUAGUCUCUUUAAAAAGCAACAAAACACCGAAACCCAGCCGGCCAUAGCAUUCGUACUGACGUACAACCCUCAAAAUCCACCAAUAGGAAAGAUAAUAAAGAAUUACGAACAUAUACUACGCUACAACCCCGAUACCCAGAAAAUUCUCGAUCAAGCGAGAAUACUGGUAGCACACACUAAACCGAAAUCCAUCAGGAAUUACUUAGUUCAUAGUGAUAUAGCCAGAGAACUAAAACCCGCCGGGAACAAGCCGUGCGGGAAAAACUGUAGAAUCUGCGUAUAUAUGUGUAACACGGAACACGUGAAGAGUAGCUCAAACAAUAGAAGUCACAAGAUCACUAAAUACAUAGACUGUCAAAGUAUCAACGCCAUAUAUCUUAUUACAUGCAAGAAAUGUAACAUUCAAUAUGUAGGGCAAACAUCUAACACUAUCAACAUCAGAAUUAGAAACCAUCUAUAUGACAUCUACCGCCGUGAUGAGAGCAAGCCUGUCGCGGCACAUUUCAGCUCUCCCGGACACAAUGCUGAUGACGUCACAGUUACCGGGUAUCAGUGA